CACCCCGGAUCCUCGCCUGCGUCUUGCGCUGGCCCACGUCCACCGCCUACUUCUGCGCAGCGUCCCACACUCUGCACAUCCACUGCGCCGCGCUCGCGGAUUCCUCCUGCACCGUCCCUCCACUCGUCUCGCGCAGCCAUGACCCGCGCACGAGCGGGCCCGGCCGCGCGCCUCAUCGCGGCGCUCGCCGCAUCGCUGCGCGAGCGCGCCGUGUGCGGGCCCGACGCCGUCGCCGUCGCCGUGGGGCGCGCGCUGCGUGCCGUGGUGCACGCCAGCCGCGCGGCGAGCGUCGAGGAGCUGCACGCCGAGAUCCUGGCCGCCGGCCGCCUGCUGAGCGAGGCGCAGCGCGGAGAGCCGGCCAUCAUGGCGACGACGAUGCGGGUGCUGCAUCUGCUGCACGAGGAGGCGCACAUUCUCGCGUCGGGAGGUGCGGGCGCCGCUUCGACGUCGGCUGCGCAGUCCUCAGGAGGCCCAUCUGGCAGCGCCGUCAACGGCUCAGCUGCGGCGACCGCUGAUCCGGACGAGGACGACGACGACGACGACGAUAGCGACGACGCCGAGGGCGAGCUCAGCGGCGAAGAGGCAGACGGCGAAGAGAGCCUGCAGGCGCUGCUGGUGCAGGCCAUCCAGGAGCUCGUCGACGAGCUCGACGGCAUCGACGGCAUCAUCGCCAAGGACGCGCGAGAACACAUCUACUCGGGCGAGAUCAUCAUGACGCUCGGCUACUCUCAGACGACCGAGGUGUUCCUCAAGGCGGCCGCCAAGCAGCGCAGCUUCACCGUCAUCGUGGCAGAGACGGCGCCCUCAUACGCAGGCCACGCCCUUGCCCGCGCGCUCGCAGCACAUCCGUCCAUCUCCGUGCUGCUCGUCCCGGACGCGGCAGUCUACGCGCUCAUGCCGCGAGUGUCCAAGCUCGUGCUCGCGCCGCACUGCGUGCUGCCCAACGGCGCGCUCCUGGCGCCGGCCGGCUCUGCGCUGCUCGCCUCGGCUGCGCGCGCCCACCACACGCCGGUCAUUGCGCUUGCCGGGCUGCACCGCAUCUCGCCCGACUGGGCGCUCGUCGCCGCGGGCUCGCAGACGGCCACCGAGGGCGACCCGGCGCUGGUGCUGCCGCGCGAGCACAGCAAGCUCAGCGAGGAGGCCGAUGUGGUCAGCGCCACAUGGGACUGCGUCGAGACGUGCGACGGGCUCAUCACAAACGUCGGCGAGCACGCGCCGAGCUUCGUGCCCCGCCUGAUCAAGGAGAACUACUACGUCGAGCCAUAGAGGCGAUCCGGGUGCAAUGCACCAAGUCUUGACCUGCCGCGUGUGACCUGCAGUCGUCUGCCCGGUGACUGCAUGAUGCCUUGGAGUGUGAAGCAUGCUGCUCCUACGCAGCGAAGACUGUCCGGCAGAGAGCAUCCUCCCGCCCCUUUGGCAUGCCGGCGGAGC